AUGCAGCUGAACAUGGGCGGAGGCAAGUCGUCAGUGAUUAUGUCGAUGCUCAUCGCGUCGCUCGCAGACGGCGAUAAGCUGAUGCGGGUGAUCGUAGCCAAGCCGCAGAGCGAGCAGAUGGUGCACAUACUCGUCUCGAAGCUCGGCGACCUGGUCGACCGCCAAGUGUUCCAUCUCCCCUCUUCUCGUUCGAUCAAGGUCGGUCAGUCUGAGGUCAGCGCCCUCCAGAAGCUUCGGAAUCGCUGCAGUGACGAGGGUGGCGUGCUUCUCGUCCAGCCCGAACACAUCUUGUCGUUCCAACUGAUGGGCAUCGAGCAUAAGAUCAGCCAGAAGAGUAGGACUGCCGACCAGCUCUUGCAGCAGUACGAGUUCAUACACCGCCACAGCCGUGACGUGGUCGACGAGAGCGAUGAGAACUUCAGCCCCAAGUUCGAACUGGUCAACUCGCUCGGCCUGCAGCAGCUCGUCGACCACAGCCCGAAACGCUGGACCUGCAUCCAGGAGGUGCCGCAAAAGGAGCAAUAA